AUGAGCCUGGACGCCGGACCGAUUCUCGGCCUGAUACAGGUGACCUUUUCAUCGAUCUUGCAAAUUAUAUUGGUAUGCUCGGUGGGCUACUUGAUGGCGUCCAUCGGUGUGCUAGAUAAGAAGAUGCAAGGGAAAAUGAACAAGCUGAAUGUGUCUGUAUUCACACCUGCCCUGCUGUUUUCCAAAGUGGCGUUCUAUCUCUCGCCCGAGCGCAUGGUAGAGCUGGCGAUUGUGCCUAUUGGCUUCUUUGUCGUGUCCUUUUUCUCGGCGGUUGCAUCGGUGAUAACCUCGCGGCUUCUCCGUAUCCCUCGCGGUCAGCGGAAUUUUGUCAUGGCCUGCUCAAUUACGCCGAACUCGAAUACGCUCCCUGUCGCGUUGAUCUCGUCGCUGGUCUUUGCUGUGCCAGAACUGCACUGGAUACGUAAUGGUCAAGAUACCGACACGCCCAACGAUAUGCUCGGUCGCGCUCUGACCUACCUAGUCAUGUUCUCGACGCUCGGAACGGUUCAACGUUGGAGUAUUGGUGCGAAACUCCUGACACAUGUCAAAGAAGAACACCCUACCGUGGCAAUGGACAAUGACGAGGCGCAGAACCGUUCGGGAUUCCGUGACGACGUGACGGACUUUUUGAUCGAUCAUCAGCACCGCUCGACGCUGGCCAACCGUGGUCCGUUUUUGUCGCGCGCACCGGAGACGAGCUCGCCUUUGCGGAAUGAGAUUUUCACAGAAGAGCCAGAAUCGUACGCUGAUGACGCUGUGACCCCGCGGCAUCCGCCUCUGAGUGGGUUCGCCUGGUUCUGGACACACUGGAUCAAGGCGCCCUUCAACGCCUUUGUGGCGUUCAUGACAGUGCCCCUCUGGUCCGCCCUGCUGAGUUUCAUUGUGGCCCUGAUUCCGCCACUGCAAAAGCAGCUAGUAUCGUUCUCAGCACUGGUCGGCGCCAUUGAGCAAAUGGGGCAGUGCAGUAUUCCUCUAUCGAUUCUCGUGUUGGGUGCAUACUUUGCUGGCGAUGAUGCGCCGUCGACGAUGCUGAUCAACCGUCGCUCGUACCUGGACGAAGGCUCGUUUGAGCGUGAGCGUUGGCUCGAGAUUGAACGUCGUCGGAAACGCGCGACAUGGCGUACGAUUAUUGCCGCGGCCUCGAGUCGUAUGAUUGUCACGCCUCUGCUUCUAUUCCCGCUCGUGGCAUACGUGUGCCUGCGUGUGCGUACGAGUGUUGUGGAUGAUCCUGUGUUCAUUGCCUGUGCCUGCCUCUUAAUUGGAUCGCCACCAGCACUGACGCUAGCACAGAUCACCAAACAAAAGGCCGACCCCAACAGCAACGUGGAAUCGUUGAUCAGCGGUACCAUUUUCGUGUCGUACAUUUUCUACACGGCCCCCAUUACCAUCAUCCUAGUGUUUGGCGCUUUGUACGUCAAUGAAUUGCAGGAUCGCACGAUCUAA